AUGGUGAAAUUUCAUGGUGAAGCGGGUAUUGAUGCAGGUGGAGUAAGGCGAGAGUAUGGUUCCCUAUUGUGUAAGGAACUGUUUUCAGCCAAAGUCAAUCUUUUCGAAGGAAAAGAUGAUAGAAAGUUGCCCCUCUACUCAAGUGACAACAUGUGCUCGAGAAUGUUCCAGAUUGCGGGAAAAAUGAUUUCCUACUUAAUCAUACAUCUUGACAUUGGUGUUCCGUGCUUGAGUCCAGCUGUGUAUCAUUAUAUUUCAACAUUAACAAUUGAACCUGACCGUUGUUCCAUUGAAGAUGUUGUAGACCUCGAUUUAAAAGAGUUGAUUUUAAAGGUACUGUACAGUAAUUGGUUUAUUUUUUAA